UAUUCACUUCACCUUCCAUUUCUCUACUUGCUUACUAUAAGUCCUCCUUUUCUUGUCUUGGGUCUUGAUGGCACGCUCUUUGUCCUCUCUUUUCCUUGCAUUCAUGAGCCUUCACAACCAUGGAUAUAAAGGCCAAACGAACAAGAUCUCAAGAACCCAACAAGCAGGAAAGACACUGCAAACGGUGUCCCCAACAAUGGCCGAGAGAUGGGCUACAAUUAGCUCAACCAUAGCCAUCUUCAUGUUUGCUUGGUCCAUCAUCUGCCAAUACUCUUCUUACGAAGUUCGCCACAUAAUCAAUGAGCUAAAGCAAAGGCUCAAGGACUAUUUCAACCCCUAUAUCCAACUCUGCAUCCACGAAUUCACCGUGGAUCGCCUUAAGCGCAGCAAGGGUUACGUCUUGGUCGAAGCUUAUCUGAGCUCGAUCACAUCGGAAAACGCCAACAGGCUCCGCGCAGACUUGGAAAAUGAUGGCGGGAACUUGGUUUUGAGCAUGGAUGAUUAUCAGGACGUGAGAGAUGAGUUUGAAGGUGCAACAGUUUGGUGGGGUUUGAUGAGACUUUCGAGGUCGCCGACGACGUCGUAUCAGGAGCAGGGAAAGAGGUUGUACCGGCUGAUUUUUCGCAAGAAGCAUAGAGAGCUAGUGACCAAGUCUUAUUUGGAGCAUGUCAUGAAGAAAGGAAAGGAAAUCAUGACCAGAAACAGGCAGAGGAUGCUUUAUACUAACAUUGCAGGCUCUCCAAAUAAGAUGUCAAGCAGUAUGUGGAAUCACAUAGUGUUCGAGCACCCUGCAAGUUUCGAAACAAUGGCGUUGGACCCCGAGAUAAAAGAGGAGAUUAAGAAAGAGGAGAUUGUUGAGCAUUUGUUGGUCUUUAGCAGGAACAAGGAAUUCUAUGAGAGAGCUGGGAAGGCAUGGAAAAGAGGCUAUUUGCUAUAUGGACCGCCAGGUACGGGGAAGUCCACCAUGGUGGCUGCAAUAGCUAACUUGCUGGAUUAUGACGUGUAUGAUCUUGAGCUGACCGCGGUGAGGGACAACACCGAGCUUAGGAGGCUUCUGAUCGAGACGACUAGUAAGUCGGUAAUUGUGAUUGAGGACAUUGAUUGCUCUCUUGAUCUUACCGGUGAGAGGAAGAAACCUGAGAAAUCUUCAAAGGAAGAUCAUAUGACCGACGAGCCCAAGAAGGAGAAAAAGAAAGAAGUACGAAAGGAAGAGGGAAGCAGCAGAGUAACUCUUUCGGGUUUAUUGAAUUUCAUUGAUGGGAUUUGGUCUGCUUGUGGGAGUGAGAGGGUGAUUGUGUUCACCACCAAUUAUGUGGACAAUUUGGAACCCGCGCUUAUAAGAAGCGGCCGGAUGGACAAGCAUAUUGAGCUCUCUUAUUGCAGCUUUAAAGGGUUCAAAGUGUUUGCCAAGAACUACUUGAAUCUCGAGACGCAUCAAAGGUUUGACGAAAUCGAGAGUUUGAUGGCGGAGACCAAGAUCACCCCUGCUGAUGUUGCGGAAAACCUCAUGCCAAAAUUGCCUCGGGAUGAUCCCGAGGGGUGUCUUUCGAACUUGAUUCGCGCUCUUGAAGAAGCCAAGGAAGCUGCAGCUAAGAAGAAGAAAGAGACAGUUCAGCCACAAGAUGAGAACAAAGAGACUUAAAAACCAGAGGGAACUAGUAAUUCAACAGUAUUAUUUAUCCAUACGAUAUGAUUAUAU